AAGAAACGUUUCAGUCGUCCCGCUCGGCUCCAGCUGUCCUCUCUUUCUCUCUCUCUCUCUCUCGAUUAACGGUUCGGUUAACCGGUGAGUGAUGGAGCUGCCGACGUGGACCUGCGUCCUGCUCCUGCUGUCCGCCGUGUGUCACCCCGCAGAGGCGUUGUCCCUGUACGACCCUCAGCUGUGUUACAUCCUGGACGGUUUCCUCGGUCUGUACGGACUCGUCAUCACCGGAAUGUUCAUCAGAGAGAAGUUCUUCAGAGAAAAAGUGAAGUCAGCAGAGGGCAGCGCUCUGGACUCUGGAGGUUACGCCCCGCUGGUCAGAGGAGACCCUGAGAGAGGACGAAACCGCAGGAUGGCCGAUGACUCUGAAUACACGACUCUGAACAAACACUCUGAUGGAGAAUACAAGGCGCUCCCGGUGAAGAGAGAGCGUCAGAGGAAGAACGAGCAGAUCUACCAGGGUUUGAGCUCGGCCACCAGAGACACGUACGACUCGCUGCAGAUGCAGCCGCUUCCUGCCCGCUAACGCCGCCAUCACCACGUCACGGCUCACCAGAUAACCACGACUCCCUGCGGCCAAAACAAACGAUGACGACGUUUGUUUUAGAGAAUCUGUACAUUUAACCUUUGACCCUCUGAACAUAAAAACACCUCAAAACUCAGUUUAACUUCAAAUCCACGUCUUACCGUAAAACUUCUAAUAAAAGCUCCUCCCACUUUUAGGCCCCACCCCCUUUUCCUUGCCUGGUGUUGCUGCUGCUCUCAGUCAGACGCCAUCUUUGCGUUUAGUGUUUAAAUGGAGCAGAAGGUUAGAGUGAUUUCUAUUUUUAGUUUGGGGCUUUUUUUUAAAAGUUUUACGGUAACUUUCAGAAAAAAGAAUCCAUAAAACCCUUGAAAACGUUAAAGUCUAAAUUGAAGGAUGAUGUUUCAGCUCGCUGGUUUGACGUCUGUUCAGCUGAUUUAGUCCAAACGUAACAAGCAACGGUGUGCGUUACUACGUGACCGAAAACAAUAGUUUGAAAAAGAUUGAAUAAAUGAGGAGGGUCUCCGGUCAGUGUAAAUAAAAGCAGGAGAUGAAUUUAUAACAUUUAUAUUUUAAUAUCUUUGUAACUUUAUCUUGUUCAUGUCAUAAAGAUUAUUUUAGAAGCAGAGGGAUCAUCUCUAAACACAACUCUGCGGGGUGCAGUACCACAGUUUGUCCACCGGAUGUCGCUGUUUCACCAUCAAAACGGAAGGAUGUUUCAUGAAGCUAAUUACAUUUUAAAUUAAUUAAUAUUUAAACUACCAAAACAAAUCAUCAGAUAUAUCUAAAAAAUAAUAAUUAUUUGUUUAAUUUUCAGUAAAAUCUUUAAAGUCCAUCCGUGUGGAGCUUUAUCAAUAAAUCAUUAAAUUAAAUAUCAGACAUUAAAACAGAUGUUUGGGUUUGUUCCAGAUGUUUUUGUUCUUUUCACUUUUCUUUAUUUUAAAUGGUUUUAAAAAUAUUAGUUAUAAACACAAAUCUCCUGCUGUCUUUCUUAUAUUUUAAAUAUUGUUUUAUAGUUUUCUGUGUACUGGUUAUGAUGGGAGUAGUUUUAUAUCGACCGCUAGUUGUUUUCCUGAGAAAUUGUUUUGUAAAAUACGACAGAUCAUUUCUGAGAAUAUUUGGCUGUUCUUGUCUUCUUCACGUGUUUUACUCUCUGAUGACUAAAAGCUUCUGCUAAAUGAAUCGUAGAAUAUUAAAAAUGUUUCUUAAACAGUC